CGGAAGUUGUCGUGGCGUUCCCCGAUUGCUUGAUGAGUUUGGCAUUUUGUGCACAAGUAGAGAGCUUUGAACAGUGUGUUAUUAUUUUAUUUGCUGUCAAAGUUCAACAUGUUAUUGUCUGAGGAGACAUGUCUGUUUCAUUACAGCGAAUUAUAGGAUAGCACAUCAUCGAAGCAAGUUGCAUCAAAAGUAUAAUCUUCACCGGCAGUCGACUGUGCCUGAAUUUUGCAAAUUUUAGGCCUGAAUCCAUGGCCCAUGUAGCAGAAAAUGCCUAUAAAUCGAGCAGCUAUUUUGCAAUUCAGUGUACUGGUAUUAGCACUGCCUGCACAAUAUCUAAUAUCAAACUGGACAUCAACAAGUAGCACACAAAGAAGUCAGGAUGUUAGAGAUCUUGCAUUAGGUAUACAGUCAUGGACAACAAGAAUAUUUACAUUAAAAACUUGGAAGAAUUUAUGUAGUUGGAUGGUUGCUAAGAUACAGUCUGGGGAAUUUUAUAGUGAUGAAGAAGAUGAUAUGGGAGAAUCACCUGCGAUAGAAGUUCUAAAAUACAGAGAAAAAGAUGGACAUUUUGCAGGCUCACCAGAACCAAGGAGUCCUAGACCAGCACAUGUUAAGUACAGAGUAGGUCAAGUGAUCAGACAUAAAAAGUGGGGUUAUAGAGGAGUUAUUACUGGAUGGGAUUUAACAGCAAAGGCACCAGAGGAAUGGUUAAAACAGAUGCAUCCAAAAGACAAACCAUACUGGAGAAAUCAUCCAAAUUAUGCAAUAUUAGUCGACACCAGAGACAGAGCUGUGCCACAGUUAACAUAUAUUCCAGAAGAAAACAUUGAAAUUAUCACCAACACUAAGAUUAUCCACCCAGAGAUUGAAAAUUACUUUGAAGGUUUUGAUGGCUCACAAUUUUUAGCAAGGCCAUGGUUAAAAGUUAUUUACCCUCAUGAUCAGUGACCAGUCAACAUUGCCUUAGUUCACAAGUACAAGACAAGUACAAUGAAAAAAUAGAAAGCUUUUAUUGGAAAAUAUCUUUUAUUUUGCUGAAUAUUUUGAACUAUUGUGUUAAAGCCUUACUCGUAAAUUUUAAUAUAAAAAAGUAAUGUAUACUGUGGAAUACUUUAUUUUCGCUGGAAUUAAUUUUCGCUGAAAAGACUUUUUGCAUUUUGUAUGGAAUUUAUUUUGACUGAUUUUUGAUGAGUUUAAUGUGAAAUAUAGGAAAAAAAGUAUAUUCGCAGGAUUUUAUUUUCACGGAAUCAUCCCUUCAGCGGAAAUAGCGAAAAUAAAUUCCAAGCGAAAAUAAAGUAUUCUACAGUAUUCUCGAAAUAUUGAUAAGGGAACUAUUGCAUUGUGGUAUAGGUAUUAUACAAAUAUAUAUUGUUAAAACUGAUUUUUUUACUGAUAUAUAUAUAUCUCAAGUUUGUGAUGUCUGAGAUACAUUUAAAUGACAUAAUUGUUAAUGGGCUUCCAUUUUAAGUACAAUAUCAGAGCAAGAAGAGAUUUCUACAUUUGUGAAUCUUCAAUUUGAAGUGUUUUCUGUAAAAUUACUGGAGCAAAUGACCCUUGAAUAAUUCUUUGUUAGAAUAUCAGUACAGACUUGGAUGGUGUAUUGUGGUAUACAUGUAGGUAGAAGGGAAGAAGGAAUGUUUACAAUUAUAUUUUUGUGUGUUUUAUGUUAUUUAUGUGAGAGCACAUUUGCGGCUGACUUUCAUGUCAUGAAAAUUAUGACAAAUAAGUUAUUUAUUUGAUCUACAUUUUUCCAUACUUUUUCAAACCAGAGAGAUUGUUGAACUUGAAUCAAAUUGUGCUUAUUAAAUUUACCAUGAAAAUCUGUGAAUGUACCAUAUUACUGCCAAAA